AUGCCUCUCCCAUUUCUUCGCGGGAACUCUCAAAACGAACAUCUGGGGAAAGAGAGAUUCCACAAGUCCCAGCAUCUAGUUUACGCAAAUGGUGUCCCCAUGCUGGCGGGGUCUGAGAAACCAGGCAUUGGAGGAGAGCUGCUGGCUGACCAGAAGAUCCAGCCAAAAUAUUCUGUCUACCCCAAAGGAGAAGGCAGUGAUGUGCCUUCGUGGGUGGCCUUCGACAAACAGGUUCUGUGUUUUGAAGCGUACUUCCAGGAGGCUGUGCCGGAGAGCAAGGACGAGAUAUUCAGAAUCAGGAAGUGUAAGAUCUACUUCUACCUGGAGGAUGACACCAUACAGGUUGUGGAGCCAAAGUCCAAGAACAGUGGCAUCCCUCAAGGAACACUUGUUCAUCGGCAACGCGUGCCACUGCCUCCCCCGGAUGACAACCAGUUCUACAACGUUUACCAUUUUAACAUCAACCAACAGAUGGUGCUGUACAACCGCACCUUCACCAUAACCGACUGUGACCCCUUUACCCGCAACUUUCUCACAAAACUUGGGGUGUGCCUAAAUGCCCCUGCAUCCAUUCCUGAUGACCCCUACAGCAAGCUGCGGGAAGAGAUGGAGAAAAGCAUUCAACCGCUUCGACCGUAUGAGAGGCUUGACACACUGAAGCAGUUCCUGGACCAUGACGGCAAGAUCCUGCGCUUCUACUGCUUCUGGGACGACACGGUGAACAUGUUUGGUGUCCUUCACGAGCUCAUACUGCACUACUUCCUGGCUGAUGACACCAUAGAGAUCAAUGAGGUCAUCUACCCAAACUCUGGGCAAGACGCCGUACCAAAGUUUCUGCGCCGCUCCAGACUGCCCAAGCAUGCUCCAACCCCCAAGAGGCAGCCUGGAGAGAUCACAGACCGCACAGUGCUCAAUUUGUUUGGCUCCAGGGGUCAGGGAGAACGCUACAUUGUGGACAGCCUCAAAACAGGGGCUGUCCAGGAGGAGUAUUAUAAGGACUGUGAUUUGACUAUAGGUGGGGAGGUGAACGUGUGGGGCAGGAGAGUGAUCAUCUGUGACUGUGACAAUUUCACCAAAGACUAUUACCGCUCCAAAUAUGGCAUCGAGGACUUUACACCAGUUCAGUACAAGGCCCCCCCAGCCCCUAAGAGCCCAAGGCUGGCGCCCCCUUACAACGGCUUUGGCUCAGAAGAGGACUCCCUGUGCUCCUGCCAGGACAGCCUGCAGCCCAAACCCCCACAGAAGGACUUCCACAAGUUCAUGGAGAAAGACAGAUAUGGCAUAGAGAGUAACAUGCUGCGAUUCCGAGCCAAGAUGGUGACCAGUGACCCCAUUUUCCGAGAGAGGGAGUUCAUUAUCUCCUUCUACCUUUGUGAUGACACCAUCAGCGUGUUUGAGCCUCCACAGAGGAACUCAGGUGUGCUUGGGGGUAGGUUCCUGGAGCGUGGUCGUGUGAAGAAGCCAGGUCAGGAGCUGUUUAAGAGUGAGAUGUCUGAGUAUUUCACGGCCCAGGAUCUGUAUGUCGGAGCCACCCUCAUCCUCAAAAAUCAGCCCUUCCAGCUUUUGGACGCCGAUGAAUACACCUUUUCCUACAUGGAGAAACAUGCUGAGGAGUUCCCCCAAGCCAAUUUGGGCCACAUCCUCAGCAAGCUCCGUUCCAUCCCAGAAGAGAAGCAGAAUGAAAUCAGGAAGUUUCUGGCCCUCAGUGACCCCAGCAACACUGGCCUCAUCCCCUAUGAGCCUUUCAGGGGCCUGCUUCUGGACAUGGGGUGCAACAUGUCAGAGCAUGAGGUGACGGUGCUGGGUCGAUGUUUCUUGGAGCGUCAGAAGUCUGAGUUAGACGUGGGCUUGCUGCUGGCCGUGACCCAGGACCACCUCAGGAGGAAACACUUUGAACAGUUCCCUGAGAUGACCAGAGCCUUUAUACACCGCGACCGUCACAGGACAGGCCGUCUGUCUACCAAAGACACAAGGACCAUCUGCAAAGCCUUCCGGCUGCCUGUAGCUGAGGCUCUGCUCGGAGCCCUGCUCACCAAGUUCACAGAUAACGAGGACAUCGACUACCAUGCCUUCCUGGCUGGCAUCAACUGGAGGGAGAACCCCGCCCCCCCAGUCCUGCCUGAUGACACCCUGAAGUUUGAUGUGAACUGCAGCUUUGAGGCCGGCGGCCCUGCAGUGAAGAACAUCAACUACUCUGCCCUGCUGGAGGAGGUGUUCAGCAGUGCCACCAACAACAGUGACCCAACACCAGCCACCUCACCAUAG